AUGAGGGGGGGAGAAAGAAACUCAUACUGCAGAAAUAACAAAUCAAUUAACAACAGCAAACACACUAACUCUAGCAGCAGCAGCAGCAGCAGCAGCAACUGCAACAGCAGCAGCAGCAGCAGCAGCAGCAGCAGCAGCAGCAGCAGCAGCAGCACAGGAUACAGCACCCCUUGCCUGUGUACACCGAAGCAGCAGCAGCACGCAUCAGCUGCAGCAGCAACAAACGCAGCAGCAGCAGCAGCAGCAGCAGCAGCAGCAACUGAGGCAGUGCUAGGAGAUACAGCAGCAGUAGCAGCAGCAGCAGCAGCAGCAGCAGCAGCAGCCGGUGAGUUCGCUGCAGUUGCUGCUGCAGCAGAAACCCCAGCAGCAGCAGAUCAGCACAGGCAGCUGCUGCUGCUGCUGACCUCCUCUUUCACUGCUGCAGCAGCAGCAACAAAAACAGCAGCAGCAGCAGCAACAGCAACAUCAUCAUCAUCACCAGCAGCAGCAGCAGCAACACCAGCAGCAGCAGCAGCAGCAGCAGCAGCAGCAGCAGCAAAAGUUGCUGUAGAUGCAAGUCGAAGCAGCUGCUUCCUCCCCUUCAUGCCUCCGCGUCUCAGACCCCAGCAGCAGCAGCAAGAGCAGCAAGAAGAGGAGCAGCAGACACAGCAGCAGCAAACCCAGCAACUGCAGCAGCAGCAGCAGGAACAAAUACAACAGUAUGACCCCCAGCAGCAGCAGCAGCAGCAGCAGCAGCAGCAGCAGCAGUUGCUGCUGCUGCUGCAGCAGCAACCACUGGUGAGCUGCUGCAGCUGCUGCUGCUGCUCUUCUUCUGUUUGCUGCCAGCAGCAAAACACUCAUCGCGCAGCAGGCAUCCCGUUGCUGCUGGAGGAGACCUGGGAUAUCGUUGCUGCUGCUGCUGCUGCUGCAGCAGCAACCACUGGUCACGGUGCGUGUCUGCGGUGUCUUCGUUGA